CCAACUCCAAGCGAGACGACAACAAGUACAUUAUUUGCAAAGAUGCGGAUCCCUGCCAUCCUCGCUGCGCUUGCCAUGGCGCUGAGUGCCGUCAGCGCAGACAGCGAUAGUGACUCUGAGCUUGUGAUGCUCAUCUCACUCUCGCGUCAUGGUAGUCGCGCACCGAACCCGACGGUCAGGGCUCAUUGUCCGAACAACUUGCCUAACGUCCAGUCUUACUCGGUUCCACUCGAGCAGCUUACGAAGCGUGGAAUGGAGCAGAUGGAGAAAGUGGGGGACCACAUCCGCGAGGUGUACGUGAACGAGAAGGGCUUUCUGUCACCAACCUUUAAUGGACCGGAAGACGAUCCACACUUCGAGGGAUACUUCCGCGCGGACGCUGCAAACCGAUGUGGCCAGAGUGCAGUUUCAAUGGGCUACGGAUUAUAUCCCGAGGGCACAGGUCCUGACGGAUACCCGCGACAGCCGAUCCCAGUGUACAUGCAGUUAUCCGAGAAUGAGCACGACUUCACUGCAAACGGGCCUUGCUGGCCAGUCAUGUCUGCGAAUAACAGGGCGUACCUUAAAGCAGGGGCCGCGGUUGCAAUUCGAAAGCACAAAAAGACACUUGAAGCUCUUGCUGACAUCUGCGGGAAGGCGUUUUACACUGGUAAUGAUUCGGUGACGGCGAUUAAGGAUGUCAACGAUAUGUUCCUCUUCGAUCAGGAUGAGGGUCAUAAUCCAGCCCCGGGACUCACACCCGAGCUGGUGAGGGAUGUUUCUGAGCUUGCAUUUCAGCAUCUGAUCGAGCGCCUCUACUCGACGCCCACAAAGAUCACUGUGUCCAUCGGCGGAUUUCCACAGCUUUUAGUGCGAAACUUGCGUGAGGGCGCUGCGCCGAACCGGAACCCGGAGAGUCCCAAAUACCUGUCGUAUCACGGUCACCGCGAGCUCCUGCAUGGUCUGGGCUUCAUGAUGGGUAUGAAAUUUAACUUCGAGGGUCUACCGCAGUACAAUGGCUCGACGCCUUUGCACCCGGCAUCGACGUUGUUCUUUGAACUACACCGCAAGGGUGGCGACCAUUUCGUGCAGCUCUUCGUGUGGUCUCCCUUCAGUCCUCGAAUGGCAGUCAAGCUCAACACAUGCGAACUUAACUGUCCGCUGAACGAAUUCACUGCCCUAAUUGAAAAUCACAUCCAGUCCACCGGUCCGUGGCAGGAUAUCUGCGGAUACCAUCCAGUGAACGUGCCUGCCGUCAAGACCGUCAAGACAAUCAAGCCCACGAACUUGGUGGUGAAUGAUGCGACAAUUGUAGAAACGAAGAAGGAGACACAAACCGAAAACGCGAGCGCUUUGUGGUCCGCUCUGACGGCCGGUGGUCUUGUUGCUUUUGGAGCAGUCGGUGCCACAACUUACCAGCGGUACAUGAAUCGUCGUGGCUAUCAGUUAUUGUGA